CCGGACACCGCAGAACCAAGAUCCCCGCGGUACCGGAUCCAGCUCUACCAGAUCCCCGCGGUGCCGGAUCUCGCGGUACCGAUCCCGUUCCCCUGCCGGCGGUUCCCGGGCCGCGUGUCCCUCUCCCCCCGCCGCCCCCCCCGGCUCCGCGCGCCGCCUUUGCCCCCGCCCCUCGGCGCCGUCAGCCGUGCCGGGCGGCGGCGGGGUCACGGCGGCGGCGGCCGGGUCGGAGGGUAAAGGUCGCUCCCCCAGCAUCCUCCGUGCUGGAUACUCAGCCAUCUUGGAUCCGCGGGACAAGAAAAUUCAUGCGGUGACAAACAGCAUGUUUGGUGCUUCAAGGAAGAAGUUUGUAGAGGGGGUUGAUGGUGACUACCAUGAUGAAAACAUGUACUACAGCCAAUCGUCGAUGUUCCCACAUCGGUCAGAAAAAGAUAUGCUGGCAUCACCAUCAACAUCAGGUCAGCUGUCUCAGUUUGGGGCAAGUUUAUACGGGCAACAAAGUGCACUAGGCCUUCCAAUGAGGGGAAUGAGCAACAAUACCCCUCAGUUAAAUCGCAGCUUAUCACAAGGCACUCAGUUACCGAGCCACGUAACGCCAACAACAGGGGUACCAACAAUGUCACUUCACACGCCUCCAUCUCCGAGCAGGGGGAUAUUGCCUAUGAAUCCUAGGAAUAUGAUGAACCACUCCCAGGUUGGUCAGGGCAUUGGAAUUCCCAGCAGGACAAACAGCAUGAGCAGUUCAGGGUUAGGCAGCCCCAACAGAAGCUCUCCAAGCAUAAUAUGUAUGCCAAAGCAGCAGCCCUCUCGACAACCUUUUACUGUGAACAGUAUGUCUGGAUUUGGGAUGAACAGAAAUCAGGCAUUUGGAAUGAAUAACUCCUUAUCAAGUAACAUUUUUAAUGGAACAGAUGGAAGUGAAAAUGUGACAGGACUGGACCUCUCGGAUUUUCCAGCGCUAGCAGACAGAAACAGAAGGGAAGGAAGUGGCAAUCCAACUCCAUUAAUAAACCCUCUAGCUGGAAGGGCACCGUAUGUUGGAAUGGUAACAAAACCAGCAAGUGAGCAGUCCCAGGACUUUUCAAUACACAAUGAAGAUUUUCCAGCAUUACCAGGCUCCAGCUACAAAGACCCAACAUCGAGUAAUGAUGAUAAUAAAUCUAAUUUGAGUACAUCAGGCAAAACAUCAUCCAGCACAGAUGGGCCCAAGUUUCCUGGAGACAAAAGUUCAACUACGCAAAACAACAACCAGCAGAAAAAAGGGAUCCAGGUGUUACCUGAUGGUCGGGUUACCAACAUUCCUCAGGGGAUGGUGACGGACCAGUUUGGAAUGAUCGGCUUGUUAACAUUCAUCAGGGCAGCAGAGACAGAUCCAGGAAUGGUACAUCUUGCAUUAGGAAGUGAUUUAACAACACUAGGUCUCAAUCUCAACUCUCCUGAAAAUCUUUAUCCCAAAUUUGCGUCACCUUGGGCAUCAUCACCUUGUCGACCUCAAGACAUAGACUUCCAUGUUCCAUCUGAAUACUUAACUAACAUUCACAUUAGGGAUAAGCUGGCUGCAAUAAAACUUGGCCGAUAUGGAGAAGAUCUCCUGUUUUAUCUCUAUUACAUGAAUGGAGGAGAUGUAUUACAGCUAUUAGCAGCAGUAGAGCUAUUUAACCGGGAUUGGAGAUACCACAAAGAAGAACGAGUAUGGAUCACCAGGGCACCCGGCAUGGAGCCAACAAUGAAAACCAAUACGUACGAGAGGGGAACAUAUUACUUCUUUGACUGUCUUAACUGGAGGAAAGUAGCUAAGGAGUUCCAUCUGGAAUAUGACAAAUUAGAAGAAAGGCCUCAUCUGCCAUCAACCUUCAACUACAACCCUGCUCAGCAAGCCUUCUAAAGACUUCCCUUUUCUUGGGGUAUGGCUGUCUCAGCACAAUACUCAACAUAACUGCAGAACUGAUGUGGCUCAGGCAUCCUGGUUUUAAUUCCUUGAGGAUCUGGCAAUUGGCUCAUGUGAAGGGUCACCAUUUGAGGUCCUGCCUUACUAAUUUUGUGCUGCCCAACAACUAAAUUUGUAAUUGUUUUUCUUUAGUUUGAGCAGGUUCUGAAUUUUUGUUUUCGUUUUAUUUUUUGCCAGCGGACAAGCUUGGGUCUGUAAAGACAAGUGAGUACGCUGACAAAAGUUUACCACUUAGUUUUCCAAAAUGUAAAAACAAAAAAAAAGAAAAAGACAAAAAAUUAGACAACAAAAUUUGCAUUGUUCAUUGUAGCACUAUUGGUAAUAAAAAAUGUUUGUGCAUUUUUAUGUGAAGAUCCUUCUCGUAUUUCAUUUGGAAAGAUGAGCAAGGUUUGCUUCCUUCAUUUUACUUCCCCUUCUGUUUUUGAAAGGCAGUUUUCGCCAAGCUUAAUGCAAGAAUAUGUGACUGUUUAGAAGAAAGAUAUUGCCACAGUCUCUGGUCAAUUUCCAGAGUUGUGUAUACUGAGCUUCAUCUUUCCAGAAUGAGCAAAACACUGUCCAGUCUUUGUUACGAUUUUGUAAUAAAUGUGUACAUUUUUUUUAAAUUUUUGGACAUCACAUGAAUAAAGGUAUGUAUGUACGAAUGUGUAUAUAUUAUAUAUAUGACAUCUAUUUUGGAAAAUGUUUGCCCUGCUGUACCUCAUUUUUAGGAGGUGUGCAUGGAUGCAAUAUAUGAAAACGGGACAUUCUGGAACUGCUGGUCAGGGGACUACUUUGUCGCCCUGUGCACUAAAGGGCCAGAUUUUCAGCAGCCAAGGACAUCCAUACCCAAGUGAAUGUGAUGGGACUUAAAGAAGUGAACUGAGACAAUUCACUCUGGCUGUUUGAACAGCAGCGUUUCAUAGGAAGAGAAAAAAAAAAAAAGAUCAAUCUUGUAUUUUCUGACCACAUAAAGGCUUCUUCUCUUUGUAAUAAAGUAGAAAAGCUCUCCUCACUGCAGUG